AUGGCUACCGGUGGGCGGAGCGACAGGCCUGAACUGCUGUUGGAAUGGCUCCAAUUAGCUCGCUGUGCCCGGCACGUGGCAGUAGGUACGUGGACCAUGCCUCCCAAGUUGACAGGGUACAGGAAGCCCCAUGGUGGUCCCCAGGUUCUCAUGGCAUUUGUGCAGGAGAUUGCUCCAGCCGACCCCUGGGCCAUUGAAAAGGCCCAGCUCGUAGCAGAACUCCGCAGCCGCGAUGCAGAGAUCCAGCGCUGGACGCUGAUGGCGGAGAGGCUCCGCGCUGAAUAUCAGCGCUCCAUCGAAAACACCACGGAGCUCGCGGCAGUUGUUGAGGAGCGCGUGCUGAUGGGCCAUCGCAUAUCGCCCGAAGCGCUGCGCGCCAGCGGAGGUAGCGCUGCUGCCUUCGCCCAGUCUACCAGAGCACAGGAGCUGCAGCAGAUGGCGACGAGACUAGGUGUCUCGGUCUCCCCGGGCACCAUGUCAGCUGCUCCAGCUGCACCAGCUGAAGAGGUAGAUCCAGCAUAUCAACUGCCUCCGGGUCUACCUCCUGGUUCAAAGGUGGUCGGCUUCCGACGGAAACCUUCCAAAGACGGGCCGGAGGUACCCACUGGAGCCAUCGAGGCCAAUUUGGGGUUUGCUCAAUCUGUGAGUACCCCCAAAGUUGGUUUUGUGUAG